CGGGAAAUAAAUUGUAUCAUAUAUAAAGACGCCCAUACCUUGAAUAAUAUGAAAUGAGUCAAAUUAUGUUUCAACAGCAUCUCUCAGUCUAAAGGAUUCUCUCUGAAUGAACGAUAAGGCUAUAUAUGAUAGAGGGGAGAUGUUUCGCGGCAAAACGUUUUGCGUCGCGGUCUUUAGUACUCGCGUGUGCCGUGACAUGCAGUGAGUGGACUUGUCUGAACAUGAGGCUGUCACUGCACAUCGCGGUGGUGGUACUGUCACUGUACCACACCUGCAAGGCCGAUAGGCUUGUCCGUGCCAUACCUAACCCUAGCCAAAACUAUGCAGUGCUUGGGGAACCGAUCGAUGCAAAUUUAGAUGAAGAUGGCUACUUUUAUCCAAAACCGAAAAUACCGUUUCCGCCACCGACAAGACCUCCUACACCACCACCAGUAAACCCAGAAACAGACGGAUAUUUUUAUGAAAAGCCGCGUAUACCAUUCCCACCUCCUCCACAGCCACCGAGGAUUCCUUCACCACCACCACCAACACAACCACCAAGAACCCCUCCACCUCCACCUCCGCAACCUCCAAGAAUACCGCCAACACCCCAACCACCACGUUUUCCAUAUCAACCGCCAAGGAUACCACAACCCCCACCGCAACCUCCACGGUUUCCACCAUAUCAGCCACCAAGGAUUCCUGAACCAUCCAAUAAUGGGUAUACAUACAAUACGCCACGGAUUCCAUUUCCAGUAUCAACAACAACGGCAAAACCUGUAACUUAUCCUCCUCCUUCUCCACCUUCAACAUAUCUACCACCUACAAGACCACCACCUCCCCCAACUACUAGGCCUCCUCCACCUCCCCCAACCACUAGGCCUCCUCCACCUCCCCCUCCCCCAACCACUAGGCCACCACCACCUCCUCCACCUACUACAAGAGCCCCUCCUCUCACAAAACCACCUUUACCUCCAUCACCCAAAACUCAAACAACUGGUUAUAAUUAUCCUAAACCAACAGUUCCAUUUACAUUCCCUACAAAAGUACCGCCUACACGUCCUCCACCACCACCAACUGCACCAACUUAUUUACCUCCCACACAGAGGCCACCACCACCCAGUCCACCAUCAACUUACUUACCCCCUACCAGACCCCCACCUCCUCCACCCCCUCCAACAACCAGACCACCUCCCCCUCCCCCACCUCCAACAACCAGACCGUCACCACCUCCUCCAACUAGACCUCCUCCUUCACCUUCUCCAAAAACACAAACAACUGGUUAUAAUUAUCCAAAACCAACAAAACCUUUUACGUUCCCUACUAGACCACCUCCAACUAGGCCUCCACCACCACCAAGCCCACCAUCAACAUACUUACCACCGACAAGACCACCACCUCCUCCUACCCGACCGCCAACAAGAGCAACUCCACAACCUACUCGUCGGCCUCCACCACCAAGUCCUCCAUCGACAUACUUGCCACCAACUAGACCACCUCCACCACCAACUCCACCAAGCACUAGACCACCUCCACCACCACCUCCUCCAACGACAAGGCGGCCUCUUCCCCCACCAACGACAAGACAACCUCCUCCCCCAAUAACAAGGCCCCCCCCACCAAUAACACCCAAGACACAAACUACUGGUUAUACUUAUCCACGACCAACAAUUCCCUUCACAUUCCCUACCAGAGCACCGCCCACACGACCUCCGCCUCCACUUAGUACACCAACUUAUUUACCUCCCACUCGACGCCCUCCACCACCUAGUCCGCCGUCCACUUAUUUACCUCCUACUACCAGACCACCUCCACCAACUACUAGACCACCACCACCUCCCACGACUACCAGAACGCCGCCGCCACCAACACCACCAACUACAACACCCAGACCAGUUACUUACUUACCUCCGAGUCCUUCAACAUAUUUACCACCGCCUAGACCGACCCAACCCCCAACUAGGCCACCUCCCCGACCAUCGCCUUCUCCAACAAGACCCACAUUUAGGACUACGGGCUACGAAUAUCCGAAUCCCAAAGUACCCUUUACAUUACCCACCCAACCACCGUACUUGCCACCAUCGCACCCUACGAGACCUCCUCUACCUCCCUCUCCACCACCAACGAGACCUCCCCCUCCCCCUACACCACCACGGACCAGACCUCCACCCACAAGACCACCUUCAACACCAGGCUACACAUAUCCUCGUCCAUCCACUCCCUUCAUCCCCACUGGACCUACAUAUAUUCCUCCUACAAGGCAACCAUACUUCCCGGUAACCACAAAGGCACCUCUCACCACCAGACCACCAUAUGUUCCCGAUGAAGGCUAUUACUACGAUCGACCGAGAGUACCAUUUGUAUUCUAAUCUAGCAAAUAAUUAAUUAUUAAGAUGCCAUAAUAAUUGUGAUACCAAAAUAUUACUAUCGCGACCUAUGUAUUAUAAUAGUUAAUUUCGUAUGUAUCUAAUUAAGGCUGAAAGGUAAACGCUAUUUAUUAUGUAUAAAAAAUACGAAAAAAAAAUAUUUUUCUUUCAUUUUAUAUGUUCUCUAUUUCUAAUACUACGAUCAUUCAAAAUCCUAGUGCUACUAGAAUUUGUGAAUGUUUCCAGUGUUUUAUUUAUAUAUUGUACUAUGUUAAUUAAUUUUAAUGAUCUUAAUACUCAAAGGGAAAUUUCUAAACACU